AUGAAACCGGUUACAAUAGGAGGAAAUCCAUCCCUCUCAAAUGCUGCUAUUGAUGCAGCCAAAAAGAAAACCAUUGAUGAUGCCAAAAAUCCAGUCACUUCCACUGUUCCUGUAGCAGAGUCGCGGUUGCAAGAGGUCCCUGCCGGUGAAGCUUCACUGUCCUUGGAUGUUGAAGCUGCCGCGCUAGUUGCUGUUGCGGAACCGCAGUUGCAAGAUGUGUUAGCCGGCGAAGAAUCAAUUGUUGUUGUUGACGCAUCUGAUGAUACACUUCCGCGGUUGCAAGAAAAGGAUGCUGCAUUUUUUCUCGUGCCCCUAAAUCAACCCUCAGAUGAUCAGCGAUCCAUGGAUGUCGCUGCUGCUACUGAGAGUUCUCCACACUUGCAAAACAUUGAUGAUUGUCCUUUAGUAUCAAAGGAUGCCGCCAGCAAUGGAGGGAAGAAUUCUUCAUCAGAACGGCGAGAAUCAACGGUGGAAACAUCGCGGCCUCUUGCUGUACAACGGAAUCCCAUGCCUCCUACACAGCCUUCUCCAAAAACCUGCAAUGUUGUGGCUGCUGUCGAGAAACAACAACCACCAAACCUGAUCGAUACUGCCAGAAACGGCGGUGCUUCAUCGCCGGAAAGAAGUCGAUGA